AAUACCGUUCAAAAAAUCAAGCUAAAAUGUUGAACAAAAUGAAGUCAGACCAGUCAUGGUAGAGAACCGUCAUCSAAGGUGACACAUUUCGGCUUAAAAACAACAAAUAUGGCGGACUUUAGAAAAGUAAUUCUUACCCUAGUAAUAGUUCUGAUCGAAGGAUCAUGUUUUACAACCGCGAGCAAUGGAACUUCUUCGCUGUCUGGGGCACUGAAUGCAUCGACUUCGAGUUUUUUAAGUCCCUCGCCUACUCUCGCCGGCAAUGCCAGUAGUUCACAGUCAUUAUCUGUAACAACGAUGGCAAGUCAAGCAACUUUCACUAGUGUUUCAAGUAAUGUUAGUUCAAGUAUGAUGAAUAAAAGCACUAGCGUUAGUGCUGCACAAACUGUUUCACAUAGUAAUGUCCUUAAUAGCUCUUCUAGUCAACCUAUAAGUGCAACAAUUGCUCAAGGARCAAACUUGUCCUCAACAGCAACUCUUAGUGUUACUAAUAGCAAAAGUACAUUAGUAGUAGAACCAUCAAGUUCACGUUCCGUAAACAGCAGUGUUGUUGCAGCUCCUACUGCAACAAUGAAUUCUUCUGUGUCACACUCUGUUCCAGGAGAUACAAAUAGCUCUACUAUUACAAUGUCUUCAAGCAGUAUAGAAAUUAAGCCAUCAACUUCCUCUAUAUUGUCCUUCGCAACAAUCAAUGUUAAUUACAGCUCUUCAACAAGUAUACCUCUAGUGAUGCAAAGCUCUACUAUUACUAUGUCUUCAAGCAGUAUAGAAAUUAAGCCAUCAACUUCCUCUAUAUUGUCCUCCGCAACAAUCAAUGUUAAUUACAGCUCUUCAACAAGUAUACCACUAGUAUUGCCGAGCACAUCAGUCAAGAAAAUGAAUUUGUCAAACUUGGCCACAGCUUCUUCACUAUCAACAAACCAUUCAAGCUCAUCAUUGGUCAAUCCCAGUGUUUCCAUGGUGAUGACAAGCUCUUCUACAUUAAUGGGUAAUUCAUCUACUAAAGUGUAUCCAUCAGUGGCGUCAUCAACUAUUGUUCCUGUCGGCAAUACCACGAAUACCCUUGGUGUUAUGCCUACUAUGACAACAAACUUCACCCCAUCGCAUUCUGUAAUGACACCUUCCRUGACUGAARUCAGCAAGCMUAUUGGACAAAAUACUAGUUCAGUUGACAUGSCAACAAAGUCUGUUGCUAUGGCAACAAGUCCCAGUACACCUAUUUCCAUGAYAACAAGUAUUGCACCAUCAAAGAGCUCAAAUAUGACUUCAACAGUUACUCAUGGUUCUGCUAGUCUUGUGAUCAAACCAUCGCUGACACCACUUGUCAAKCAAACAUCUAUGAUGUCAAGUUACCAUAGCAGCAGUAAGACUGAUGACAUUGUGCUAGUUUCCUCAAUGUAUCCAUGUUACAUUACAUAUGUCAUAACACAAACUCUCAAUGAGACUACAGUAGCUAUGCCAUCGACUCCUAGUAUGAGUAGGUCAGUUGCCAAGGAAAGUUCUGUCUCCAUAGAAACAUCUGUCACCRUGGAAGCAUCAMAACAUGUGAGUUCAUCAAUAACCMAAAGUAGUGAGUCGGUAACAGUAAUGAAAGCAAAUAGCAGUUCAUUGGUUCCCAUGGAAACAUCCUCUUCAGURUCCUUAGCAACAGUYGUWGUUCRUACUCCUUCACUCAAUGAAAGUAGAUUUUCAACAUCAUCAGCCUUUCCUGGAAUUAUUACAACAAUAGCUUCCAGUUCAUCUGCACGUGUUAAGGCACCAUCAUCAUCAUUUCCAGGAAAUUCAUCAAGUGAAGCUCUUGUGUCUCCAUCUACUGUAAUAAUGUCCUUGUCGAUAUCUGUCAAACCCAAUAACAGUUAUUCUGGUGGCAACGUGACAACUUCUGCUGGUCAAUCUAUUUCUCCAUCAACUGUAAUAAUGUCCUUGUCGACAUCUGUCAAAACCAAUGACAGUUAUUCUGGUGCCAACAUGACAACUUCUGCUGGUCAAUCUAUUUCUCCAUCAACUGUAGUUUUAGAUGUCAAUUCUACCGCACAAGUCUCAAAUAGUAGCAUGGCUUCUCAUAAUGUCUCAACUGUUUCUAUUGUACAAACGUCAUCAGUAGGGUCAUCAAAGUCUGCUGUUUCUGUGGCUAGCAGUUCUGUUAAACUAGCAUCUUCCUCAGCUUCUGUCGCUGCUUCACAAUCAAUUAAUGAAUCAUCACAUUCAAUGUCCUCCAGUUAUUCCUCUUUGUCAAGCUCCAUGGCUGCUUCACUGUCUUCAAAUGCAUCAGUUACACCUUCAGUACAUCCUUCUGGAACAUCUUCCUUAGCUUCUGUCGCUGCUGCAAAAUCAAUUAAUGAAUCAACACAUUCAGUGUCCUCCAGUUUUUCCUCUUUGUCAACCUUCAUGGCUGCUUCACUGUCUUCAAAUGCAUCAGUUACACCUUCAGUACAUCCUUCUGGAACCUCUGUUGAAGCAUCUCAUUCAAGUACCAUCAAUAUGGAAAGUUCACAGUCUUCAAAUCAGACCACAUCCUCCCAGGUCCUGCCAAGUGGAACUGACUCUCUUGCUUCCCAUUCUUCAGUGGUUGAAACUCCUUCAUUGUCAAGCUCUUCAGUGAAUAUGACUCAGUCAAGUGCUCCAUCAACUAGUCUGGCAUCUAAUGCUUCUUCUCCUUCAAUGUCAAGUUUGUCAUCUUCUGUUCCGACUGGAAAGAGAAGAAGAAGACGCGCAGUUGGUGAUGGAAGUAGCAGUAAUGCUUCAUCCGUCAAUAUCCAGUCAUCAUCUAAUGCAUCUUCUAGCCUUACUUCUGGUUCAAGUCAGAGUCAUUUAUCAUCCACUUUGGCGCCAAGUCCAUUAAGCUCAAGUGUGUUUUUAAAUCACUCUAGUAAUAGAACUACAAAUGUGGUGUUUCCAACUGUACAAGACAAUGCUACAACUUCGUCUAGAAUAGCACCAUCACCAAGUAAUUCUGCAAUUGGUAUUUCUACAAGUUCAGUGGGGUUAMGCAAAAAUGGCUCUUCAUCUUCUAUGCCAAGUUUGAGCUUAUCUGCAAUAGCUAGCACAUCUAUGAGUCAAAAUGUUACAACUCCAAUGACGUCUGCAGUUGCRCAGAACAGUGCUUCUCAAUCUUCAGCAAAUGGAACCAUCAUGGCCUCCCAAACUUCAGCUACUCAACACGUAACCAUGUCAAGUUCCUCGAAUGUUUCCAUAGUAACACCAACGCCAUUAUCGUCAGUAAAUUCUACAGUUGUUCCUGUAGGAAACUCGACGACUGGUCCUAUGGCAACAAAGGCGAUGACGUCAUCCGUUUCUAUAGGCAACAGUAGUUCUCACGAGGUUGUUCCAAGCUUGACUGUUGCYGGUGGUAACGAGUCCACUCCUCAUAUCCAAUCAAGUACGGCGUCUCYGUCUGUCACUGUUGUUAUGMCRACGUCAUCUUCGCUUGRCAGCAUGCWUAAUGAUUCUCAUACGUCGUCCAUAAACCUUGGAAUGUCAUCGUCSUCRAUGGCUGAUCACACUCCUGUUACAGCAAGCAUUUWCAGCACUUUCUUACCCAUCACUGCAAGCCCCGUUGCUACCAAAUCUUUAGUGAUGUCAUUGACACCUUCCAAGGUCACUACAGCAACCAGUAAUGCCCAGUCUACCAUUGUCAGCAACAGCACUAGUACCCAACCCACACCGGCCAUCAACACUACUCAUCCCCAGUCUUCAUCGGUCAUCAAUUCUUCAAGUGAUGUAACAAGUAUUGUUCAGUCUGCAUCCUCAUCUAGGAUGAAUGUGUUAAUCACAACCUCAAGUCUCGGCAUGUGUUAUGUAGUGUACUCAACACGUAAAGUACYUAGUCCCAGUCCCUCGCCGUCGGAAGUCUUCAACAUGACGUCAUCAGUUUCUAGUUCACUAUAUAGCUCGGUUAACUCGACGGCUGCCAGUGUGGCGCCAUCAGCUACAGUGACUGAGAGAUUAAACUCAUCAUCAACGAAUGUUGUUGUACAGACUUCCUUAACUAUGAACUACACAUCGUUGAGUGCAACUGUUUAUCCAACAAGUUCUUURCUUGUGAAGGCGAACAGUACUUCCGUUGCGGCUGAACCCAGUGUUACUGUAGCUUUGAAUUCAUCUUCAGUCAAACUUGAAAGAACUUUAUCCUUGAACUCAACGCAAUACACAUCAUCGCUACCUACGUCAACAGUCGCCAAGAAUUCCACUAUGGUCGUUAUAACAACGUCUGUCAAAGUCUCCAUGGAGACGUCUUCUCAGAUGGCAACACGCUCCAUCAAUUCAAGUAGCACAAAAGUAGUUCCUUCGCCAAACGUUACAUCAUCAGCAAUGAUGUCAUCGUCGGCAGUGAUGUCAUCGUCGGCAAUGAUGUCAUCGUCGGCAGUGAUGUCAUCGUCGGCAGUGAUGCCAUCGUCGGCAGUGAUGUCAUCAUCAAGUGCGAAACCAUCUGUUGUAAAGUCAUCAAUUACAUCAUCUUCAACUGUACGUCCAUCAAGUGUCGUCAUUUCUCCAAGUGCUACGUCAUCUGUUGCUAUAGUAACGAGUAGUGUUGCUAUGACAACUGUACCGCCUACAACGGUGCCGCUAGCAAACGUAUUGUUGGAGGUACAACUUGCGUUCUCGACAAGCGAYAACGUUAACUCGGAAGGCCUACGUAAUACUGUGUCGAAAGGACUCGAAAAAGCUUAUAAUAGAGCAGGGAAUAUCGCUAGAAGAAGACGACGAGCAACAUUGGGUACAGAGGCCAAGAUUUACAACAUAACAAGAAAGGCUUCUCCAUCAACUGUUGGCAUAGUUCUUUAUUCUAUACUCAGAAAUAACCAAACUGUGUCUGCUGCUGGUGCRGUACAGGUUUACGAUAGAAUCAAUACCUUGGAAGAGCUAACCAMACUCAUUGGAAUACCGGUUGUAGCGAGACCCAUUCCUUUUAUUCGACCCACCCCUCCCACUAAAAAUGUCACAGUGUAUAUGAUAUUGGCCAAGACAUCGAGAAACCUUACCAUCCCUGCAUAUCGGGAAAYACUAGAGGAUAGCAUGGCAUCGUAUUAUAAAACAAAGACAAAGACGACAGCUGCAGUUACCACGACGAUCUUCCAUGUUUCUACCGAGAAGUCAGGAAACAUUUUUGUCAAGUUUUACAUGACAGAAGGMGGGAAGCAGGUCCUUGCAGUGACUGUUGUAAAAGUGUUUGAAGUUCCUCAUGUUGUGGAAUUGACAGCUGUUCUCAAAGAGCCGGUUGUCGUGGGUCCUUACAUCGAAGAAUCAGUGAAGGCCACUACAUCUGAUUAUGCGAUAAUACGCAUGUCCAUUCCAGUAGGGACGAAUCUUGAGGAUGAAAAGACGAAGAGCGACUUUGAAGACAAACUAGCCAUGAUUUAUGUUACUGGGAAGUCGAAGAGUGCGAAAAGAAGAAAGAAAAGAGCUGUUGGUAGUGUGARUGCAAAGGUUCGUGUAACGCAAUUGAUUGUAACUCAAUGGUUUGUCAUGUAUUUCAGUUCUCCUACCAGAAAACACAGCUGCCAUAUAUGGUCAUACUGUUGGUUGAGUAACGCUAUCAUUUGUCACGUUUUCAAUGUUUUCAUAUUUCAUGUCAUACAUCCUGUAUUUUUUCAGAUUGUUAAYGUAACAGCCGUUGGGGGCUCCAAUAAAUAUUCUGACGUGAAGUUUUACGUAGUGGAUUCUGGGAAGGUCGUUAAYUCAUCGUACUCGACAUCAACUAUGAAYAAGUUGAAUASAAAUGAGAUGACGCUCAUUACCACUCCYCUUGCGGUAGGUUCUCUUUCUACGCCCUUUUACCUUUCUUUCCCUUCUUCACUCCCAUUCUCCUUACUUCCUUCCCUCCCUUCCCUCAUUYCAGCCCUCCUUCCAUAUUCUUUGAUCGUCCUUCCAUUUCUUUCUCUUUCCAUCCGUUUUCUCAUCCAGUUCUUCCAUUCUUGCUUUAAUUCACCCCCAGUAACAGYWGCACCRGUAGUWAUCCCKUACUGGAUAAUAGGAGCUGUACUGGGUCCGAUCUGUCUAUUGAUUAUUAUUGUUUUAUUAAUCUAUUGGCGAUGGAGAAGUGGUGCACCGACCAAARUACAACCGACCCCACACAAACCUGAGAUUGUACACAAACAUAUGGAACCACCAAAGUCGUAUGAAACGCCGCGAUAUGUCGAAGGAAAACCUCCACCGCCGAAAAUCAAAACGAUGUCAGAGAGCUUAGACGUCAGUUACGAACAACUUCCGAGACGUGAGACAUCUUUACGACGAAAAGUCUCUAAGACUCCGUAUAAACGAACGACAAGCAAAACRAAYCCCGCUUACGAAGAGAGUGAAGAAGACGACGACCAAAGUUUGACCGAYGUCAGCAAGACCGGAAGUCGCGAGCGCAUCAUCAAAGCACAGCCUGGGCCUGGCAUGAAAGAGAAGUUGGCUGUCAGCGUUSCUGUGAAGMAGCCUCCGAAAAGACGACCAGCCAUCGAGGAAGAAAGCGACGAAGGUUUAUCGGAAACGGAGUCAGAAUCSGAAAGCAUCGCAUCAACAACGCGCACCGAUCAAACCAAGACUUCAGCCGCACAAGUGCCCACGGUGGCAGUCAUGGCAGGGUCCAGCAGACAGACUCCUAACGCUCCUGUCCGCUUUCGUUCUUCUGUUCAUCCUUCGUCGUCACUUCCGCCUUUGCAGAGUAAACCGCUUGUGGCACAGUAUCAAGACGAAACAGAAGACGAAACUCCACGUAAAUCGAAACGACGAAGCAAAGCUGCCCAACAAGAACUCAAACAGAAGGCCGACAUGGAAAGACUACGUAAUAAAAAGAGACAACGAGAAAGAAAAAACAAGAUUGCACCAGCACAAGCAGAAGAUAGGAGAGCAUGGCAAAGGAACCGUGUAGACCAAGUCUUGGAUCCACAACCUCCAAAUCUAUUCGGUAAAGGUGGAAGGAAGAAAAAACGAGGAAGAAAAGGGAACCUUCCUGAAGAUGAAGAAGGCAUUGAACUGAAAAGCUACAGACGAAACGACGACCUUGACGAAACAGAGAAUCAGGUAAUAAAGGAAAAGGACGAGGAAGACUCRGGAGAGUCCAGUGACGAUUCAACCAUCAGCAUGGAUGAGACACGAAGGCGCAUGCACAAUCUCCUUGACGACGCCUUCUCGUUGCUAGGUCCACUAUCUAAGCAACAACAACUCCAAAGAACACCUACUCAGCCCAUGCCACUCACUCGGCCUCCUGCGCCUCCAAGGUAUGCUGGGAGUCGACCAGCGUUACCUGAACCAGCUCCAGCCCAUGGACGAGCGACCGAGCCUACACCACGGCAGAAAAGAAGACUGUUGAACACUACUGGCUUUCCCCAUGGCCUWCCGCAAACACCUAUAGGGCCUGGUUACCCAGUAAGGCCACCUGUGCGACCACCGCUCGUUACGAGCGAUCCUGUAGUGGUCUGGGACCCGUAUGAUAGACAAAGAUAUAUGGAUCCACGAUUGGGAUACCAACCAACAUACUCGUACCGAGACCCCAACGGUCAAAAUGUGUAUAUUACACCGGUACARCAGCAGAGAGAUUACAUGGGUGCCCCCCUGUGGAGUCCUUAUGCCGCAGAAGACACCAUGGAGGAAAUCUAUCCCGAUCUGGCCAAGGCAAGCUUCCCAGGUGCCUUUGAUACUUCGCCUCCUAAAGACACAUUUAACCCUGACUUCACGUCACGUGAUACGUCAAUUGAUAUGAGCGCCAGCAAUCCAGUUGGUCAUCGUGGUGUUCCUCUAGGAAGCUCGGCCCAGCCUCUCAUAMGGUCAAUCAAGGACGAGCUCUUAAGAUUAUCAGGUCCCAGGCGGACGCCCAUAACUGAGAUAUAGUCUCAAUAUUAAGUAUUUUAGUUUAUAAGAAAUUACUAAGCACCUGACCAAUCAUAAAGCUCGUUAUAUUAUCAGAGUAUGUAGCAAGACGACCAAUCAGAGUGUGUGUUUAUUUAUUGAGUUUUGAUUGGUCAAUAGUGUUUGUAUUUAAAAGAUAUUUUAGACUGGGCAUAUUAAUGGCGUGUAAACACUCGUGAAAAUGUUCUAGAGUGAGAUCAUUAGACCCGUGAAACAAAAUCUGUUUCACAGUUUUUUGACUUCACUUUAACUAAAUGGUGCUAAAUGGCGUAAUAUAGUCUAGAACAGGAAUUUGUAUAUUUUAAUGCAAUUUAGCACUAUUUCAUAACUACUUUCUAUGGUUCUAGCGUUUUCACUUUAUAGAGUGCUCGCACUUAAAGCGUGAAACAAAUAGUACUAAUUACUACUAAAUAGUGUUGAUUAUACAAUAAGAAACAAAGGAAUUUGUAUAAUUUAUCACCUAUUUUGUAGUAUUUAUGUUUCACCCAUUUAGUGCGAGCACUCUAAUACAAAUUUUAAUUGAUUUUUAUACAUAUUCAUAGCAUACAUAGAACUUCGUUCGUAUGAAAGCUAGUACAGGUUAUAUUAAAUAGCAUUUUGUACCAAUUGAAGGAUUUUUAACUUACAUCCACUCUAAAGAAUGAUUUUAUAUGUUUGUGUUACUAUUUAAAUACAAUUUUAAUCCAUGAUCAAGCUGAGGUUAUAAAUUUUUAGAUUUAGUCGAAUUACAUGAUUGAAUUUAAGUUUUUAAUUGAAAUAUCUCGACUUUUGAUACUCUCCAUAUCGCAUAUAUCAUUGAUGUCGAACUUAAGAAUACAUUGGUGUCGCCGCCAUCUUGAAUAUAUGGUGGCGCCAUCUUGCAUUCGUCCGGACGCCAUCUUGUACUUAUCUUGUCAAAUAUUUCUUGUACAAAAUUUAGGCAUUAAGUCCUUUAAAUUUUUAAUACAAGCGUAAAAUAACUUGUAAAAAAAUAUUUUCUUAAUUCAWGACACUAUUAUUAAUCCAAAUGUAAUUAAAAAUGACUCGAAUCAAUUUUAACUGUAUAAGAAUAUACUGUAAUUAGCUUCAGGCUGAGUUUUAUACGUAUUUGGCCGGUUGAUAUAAGAAAAUAUUAUGUAGAAAAGCUUAUACUAAGUACAAUUAGAAACAAAACUAGAAUAAAGUAWAAUUUCAAAUCA